CAAACAAAAUCAUCCGUCAACUAUAUCGCACAUCGCACAGUGUCGUUGAAUAUUCAAAGUUCAACUAACAACCAUUUUCCAACCAAGCAAUGUAACAUCCCACAUUCCCACUCCACACACUCGCUGGCGAACAAAUUUCCCGGCAUGUCUACCCUACUAUUCCUCCACCUCCUCCUCCUCAUCCCCACCAUCCACUCCCUCGACUUCAUCUACAACUCCUUCAACACAACCACCAAAAUCAAACUCAUCAACGACACCCGAAUCGAAUCCUCCGUAAUCCGUAUGACAAACGACUCCAACCAAUUCUCUCUCGGUCGUUUCUUCUAUCCUUCCAAAAUCCCAAUCACUUCCUUUUCCACUUCAUUCAUCUUCUCUAUCUUACCUCAAAACCCUAACAGCCCCGGUUUCGGUCUCGCUUUUUUCCUAUGCAACACAACUUCCCCUCCAGGCGCUAUCGCUAGUCAAUACUUCGGUUUAUUCACUAACGCCGUAACCCCAACCAUUUUCCCUCUCUUCGCUGUCGAAUUCGAUACCGGAAGAAACCCUGAGUUCAACGAUCAAGAUAACAAUCACAUCGGAAUCGAUCUCAAUAAUAUUGAGUCAAAAACACAAACACCUGCUGGGUAUUAUAACUCCACCGGGAAAUUUGUACCGGUGCAGAUGAAUAGCGGCGAAAAUGUUCGAGCUUGGAUUGAAUUUAAUGUUGAUAGUUUGGAGAUUAAUGUUACAGUUGCUCCGGUUGGGGUUUCACGGCCUUUGAAACCGACGCUUACUUAUAGAGAUCCGAAUAUAAGUAAUUAUCUUUCUCCUGAAAUGUUUGUUGGUUUUUCAGCUUCGAAAACGAAUUGGAUUGAAGCUCAAAGAGUUUUAGCAUGGAGUUUUAGUGAUUCAGGAACUGCUAAGGAGUUAAACACGACGAAUUUACCGGUUUUUAAACGAGAAUCGUCGAAUUCGCUUUCGGGUAAAGCUAUUGUUGGGAUUGUAGUUGGUUGUUUUGUUUUAGUGUGUUUUAGUUUGGUUUUAUUAUAUUUUCUAUGGUGGAAAAGAAGAAGAAAUGAUGAAGAGGAUGAUGAUGUGGAAGAAUGGGAAAUGGAGUAUUGGCCUCAUAGAUUUUCUUAUGAGGAACUAUGCAUAGCUACAAAGGAUUUUCAUAAUGAGAAGCUUAUAGGUUCUGGAGGGUUUGGAAGAGUUUACAAAGGAACGUUGGUGAAUAAAACAUUGAUUGCGGUUAAGUGUGUUAAUCAUGAUUCUAAACAAGGGUUAAGAGAGUUUAUGGCAGAGAUUUCAAGUAUGGGAAGGCUUCAGCAUAAGAAUUUAGUGCAGAUGAAGGGGUGGUGUAGAAAGGGUAAUGAACUUAUGUUGGUUUAUGAUUAUAUGCCUAAUGGAAGUUUAAACAAGUGGGUUUUUGAUAAACCUGAGAAAGUUUUGGGAUGGAAUCAGCGCCGUAGGAUUCUUGUUGAUGUAGCAGAAGGGCUUAACUAUCUUCAUCAUGGUUGGGAUCAGGUUGUUAUUCAUAGGGAUAUUAAAUCUAGUAAUAUUUUGUUGGAUGCUGAUAUGAGAGGAAGAUUGGGAGAUUUUGGUUUGGCUAAGCUUUACCAACAUGGGCAAGUUCCUAAUACUACACGUGUGGUGGGGACAAUAGGGUAUUUGGCGCCGGAAAUAGCGAACGUUGCGGCACCGACUUCAGCGAGUGAUGUGUAUAGUUUUGGAGUGGUGUUGUUGGAAGUGGCUUGUGGAAGGAGGCCUUUGGAGGCGAUGGUGGUGGAUGAGGAAGUGGUGCUUAUUGAUUGGGUUAGGGAGUUGUAUGCAAGAGGGUGUGUAGUUGAAGCUGCGGAUAGUAGGAUGAAGGGUGAGUAUGAUGUGGGUGAUAUGGAGAUGGUGUUGAAGCUUGGGUUGGCUUGUUGUCAUCCGGAGCCAAAUAGGAGGCCGACUAUGAAGGAAGUUGUCGCGCUUCUUCUUGGCGAGGAUGUUGCGGAUGCACCGGGGAAAGUUUUGUCCGAUUUGGCUCGCGGUGAUGAUAAUGGUGGUGGUGGCGGGGAAUCGGAUGAGGAGGCGCCUUUGCAAUCCAACUCCCCUAUUUGAUUGACUAGUGACUUCACUGCAUAUAGUUGGAAUAUUUGGUGACUGGAUUUUUCUGGAUUGUGUGUGAUAAUUAUUAGAUUACUUCCACGUUUAAUCAGUUCCUUUGUAAUGUGUAUAGUACCUGAUCAAAACCCGAGCUUUGAAAUUGUUAUUGUGAUUAUGUGGUUGUAGUCAACAAGUAUAUUAGAUUAAACACAAUAACUGUUGUGUUAGGAAAUUUAGCACUUGUUUGUGAAAGUGUGAUUUAGUUGCUUUCCAUUAUUGUUCAUUAUCCUUCCUUUGAUGAAUAAAUAACUAUUUUGCAUA